CUAUUGACCGCCUUUGAAGACUGACAGGUCGGCAAUAUCGAACGAUCAGAUUCCUUCAUUCUCUAAAAUUCUUCAGAUCCUAAUAUUAUUGCAGUGCAGGUAUCUAGAAUCACAAGUGCCUUUCAGUUUUCGAGAAACAAUCAACAUGGAAGAAGUGCAAGUAACAGCAAGCAACGAAAGUGGAGCUGAAGCUCUACCAGCAAAAACCCCAAAGCAGUUAAAAAAAGAAGCUGAAAAAGCAGCAAAAUUGGAAAAAUUUAAGGCCAAGAAGGAAAAGUUGACAGAAACUAAAGCAUCUGAGAAACCCAAAAAGGAAGUCCCAGUCAAACCAAAAGCAGCUGAUAUUGAAAUUCCACAACUUCCACCUGGUCAGAAGAAAGAUACCACUUGUCCAAUGCCAGAGUCUUACAGUCCACGCUAUGUGGAAGCCUGCUGGUAUUCAUGGUGGGAAAAGGAAGGAUAUUUUGCCCCAGAGUACAAUAGAGAUAUCAAGGCACCAAAUCCCAAUGGUCAGUUUGUCAUGGUUAUCCCUCCGCCAAACGUAACAGGAUCUCUCCACUUGGGUCACGCUCUGACCAAUUCCGUCGAGGAUACCAUAACACGGUACCACAGGAUGACUGGAAAGACAACUUUGUGGGUGCCUGGAUGUGAUCAUGCUGGCAUUGCCACUCAGGUGGUCGUGGAGAAAAAACUUUGGCGUGAGGAAAAAAUUAAUCGUCAUGAUCUAGGACGUGAAAAGUUCAUCGAAAAAGUGUGGGAAUGGAAAAAUGAAAAGGGCCAUCGCAUUUACGAGCAGUUGAAGAAAAUGGGAUCGUCACUAGAUUGGAAUCGAGCAUCCUUCACGAUGGACCCAAAAUUGUGCAAAGCUGUUCUUGAAGCUUUUGUCACGAUGCAUCAGGACGGCACAAUUUAUCGAUCCACCCGUUUAGUCAACUGGUCUUGCACGCUCAAAUCCGCUAUAUCCGACAUUGAGGUCGACAAGGUUGAGCUUCCAGGUCGCACACAGCUUUCGGUCCCCGGCUACAAGGAAAAGAUCGAAUUUGGCGUCAUUGUUUCCUUCGCCUACAAAAUCGAUGGGUCCGAUGAAGAAAUUGUUGUUGCAACCACUCGUGUGGAAACCAUGUUGGGCGAUACGGGUAUUGCUGUACAUCCGCAAGAUCCGCGCUAUACCCAUCUGGUGGGUAAAUAUGCCCUGCAUCCCUUCUGCCAGCGUAAGCUACUCAUUGUAGCUGACGACUAUGUCGACAAGGAUUUCGGAACAGGUGCUGUCAAGAUUACACCUGCUCAUGAUCCUAACGAUUACGACCUGGGUAAGAGACAUAAUCUUGCCAUGAUUACGAUCUUCAGCGAUGAUGGGCAGAUCAUUGGAGAUUGCGGCCAAUUCACCGGUAUGAAGCGUUUCGACGCACGCAAAGCCGUCCUUGAGGCGUUGGAGCAAGUUGGACAGUACCGUGGUACAGCAGAUAAUCCUAUGGUGGUUCCUGUCUGCUCUCGUUCCAAGGACAUUGUGGAACCCAUGAUCAAGCCUCAGUGGUAUGUCAAAUGCGACCAAAUGGCAGCUGAUGCAGCUGAAGCUGUCCGAUCUGGGAAGCUCAAGGUCGUGCCAGAGAUGCACCAGAAAACGUGGUUCAGCUGGAUGGACAACAUCCGAGACUGGUGUAUUUCUCGACAGCUUUGGUGGGGUCACCGUAUCCCAGCCUACUUCGUCACCAUAGACGAGCCAUCAGCCAAAGUAGGAGACGAAGCUGACAAUGAGUUCUGGGUGUCUGGGCGUACAGAAGCUGAAGCCAGAACUAACGCUGCUAAGCGGUUCAACGUUCCCGAAGAAAAAAUCAUUCUCAAACAGGAUCAAGAUGUUCUUGAUACUUGGUUUUCAUCUGCCCUUUUCCCAUUCUCCGUGUUUGGUUGGCCUGACAAGACGGAUGAACUGGACGUGUUUUUCCCAACUACUUUGUUAGAAACAGGCCAUGAUAUUCUCUUCUUUUGGGUUGCAAGAAUGGUGUUUUUUGGACAAAAGCUGAUGGGAAAACUUCCCUUCUCUGAAGUGUAUCUUCACGCCAUGGUCCGCGACGCCCAUGGUCGCAAAAUGUCGAAAUCAUUGGGCAACGUCAUCGAUCCUCUUGAUGUCAUUUACGGAAUCAGCCUCGAAGGACUCAUGGCUCAGUUGGAUGGCAGCAAUCUCGAUCCAGCUGAAGUUGGAAGAGCCAAAGAGGGUCAGAAGCAAGACUACCCGCAAGGCAUACCUGAAUGUGGAACAGAUGCUCUGCGCUUCGCUUUGUGCCAGUACACUGCACAGGGCAGAGAUAUCAACUUGGAUGUCAAACGUGUUCAAGGAUACCGAUUUUUCUGCAACAAGCUUUGGAACGCCACCCGAUUUGCUUUGACCUAUCUUCAGGGUUCCGAAAUUCAGACACUAAACGAGGCAAGUAAUCGUCCAAUGAUUUCCCGUCCGUCCAUCACUCCGGCUUUUCUUGCCGGUCUGAAUGCUCGGCUCGAACACGUCUCCUAUUUCAGCGGUUGUCAGUACUCUGCUGAAGACGAUCUAGUCUGGUGGCAACUGGAUGCCGGGCUGGGACAAAGGAAGAUCCCGUCAAGUUAUCCUCACUUGGAGAGAUGGUUCCAACAUAUCGGCCGCUUGAGGAAGCAGGUUCAACUAAGUUUGAUGGAUAAAUGGAUCUUGAGCUGCCUGUCCACUGCCGUUUCGGCCUGUAAUGCGGGAUUUCAACAGUACGAUUUCCCCCGUGCCACCAGCGCAAUUUACAACUUUUUCCUUUAUGAAUUGUGCGACGUUUACCUGGAAGCUGUCAAACCUGUUUUCCAAGGUUCAGACGAAUCUGCAAAGUCUGCAGCUCGUUCGGUUCUCGUCACUUGUAUCGACACCGGACUCAAGUUAAUCUCGCCGUUUAUGCCGUUCAUUUCGGAAGAGCUGUGGCAGCGACUACCCCGCCCUGAAUCCGUGCAGAAAACUCUCCCGCCGAGUAUUUGUAUCGCUCCUUACCCGACUGACGCCGAGUUUCAAGUCUGGAAAGAUGAAGAAUUGGAAGAAAACGUGAAAUUGGUUAGCCGAAUCGUGUCCAGCGUUCGGUCUGUCCGAGCCAGCUACAUGCUACCAAACAAGACGAAAACUAAGUUGGUUUUAAGAUGUUCCGAUCAAGAGGUGGUUGACAUGCUUACUCAUUUCACGGGCAAUAUUUCCACGUUGUCCUUCUGUCAACCCGUUUCCGUCUCGACAGACGGAGGUAACACACGUGGCUGUGCUAUUGUAACCGUUUCAGACAAGUGUGACGCCAUCGUCCAUUUGGAGGGUCUGAUAGACGUUCAAAAAGAAAAGACACGCAUCACUGGCCUAGUGGAGAAGAAACGCCAACAAUUGGACAAGCUCCAAGAAGGCAUGGUAGUUCCAAACUAUACCGAAAAAGUCCCUCUCACUGUUCAGGAGACCAACAAGGAGAAAGAGGUUGAACUUGAAACUGAGUUGCAGCAACUUGACGCGGCCUUCGCUACUCUUUCUACUAUGGAUUAAAUUUUGAUAAUUUGGGAUUUGGGGGCCGUUGUUGCAGUCAGUGUGUAGGGAAUCAAUACACAUUUGAAGCACU